GAUUAGUUGAGGGCUGCGACCUUUAUGUCAACAUGAGAAACAUCCUGGAGGUCAAGACUGCAUAGACCUACUUAGAUUGUGCUUGUUGACAUAAUAGUCACAGCUAGAAGAUGCUCGGCUGUGCUGAUUAAGGAAGCCCAACUGCUCAGUUUGGCGAUUCACCAGAUCAGUUUAUUCACCUGCGACGAUAAUCGAAAACAUCACAUCAACACAGAAGUCUAGGUCUCAGAGUCAACAGUAUCAGCAAACAUCUCCUACAUGAAAAAUGGACGCGCCCAGUCGCAAGUCUGGUCGCAGAAGGCAACCUAGCAAAAAAUACACAGUCGACGCUUUCGAAGGACUAGACAUUGGCGAUGGACUUCCUUUGCCUGUUGAGACACCCGAUGACGACGAAGACGAUGAUUUUCACGUACAUCCAAACGCAUCGCCUGAGCCACCCGAAGACGACCUUUCAGUCGAUGGUGCUGCCGAAGAAGAUGACUACGAUCAGACCCAUCACGACAUUGUUUCAGAUGGAGAAUCAAUUGUCGGUGGCUCAGAGGCCGAUGCCCCAACCUUCACUCGCGGCUUCAAGAGAGUCAAGGUAGAUGAGAUUGCAAAAAUGAAAGGAGAUCCUAGAUUCAACCCCCGUGGUCUGCUUGAGCCUGCCGCGCGUGGUUCAAAAGAGCUUCAAAGACUGUUCUUCUUUGGCCCUGCGAAAGAUGAUCAGAUGCCCGCUCUAAAGGCCCAUUAUAGAUGGGGUGCUGAGUUGACCAUACCGAGCCACUAUGCCAACGCUGGCGGUUUCGGUGGGUUCGAGACCAGUUACUUUCAUGGCGACAGCGACAUGAAGGUAGAGGCCGAAGACGGCUGGGACUGGUACGAGGACAAAGGUGGCAAAGAGACAUUCAACUCGCGUCAGAGAUCAAGCGUGUUGCCUUCUCACAAGGCUCGACCUUAUGUAUCGCCUGCUGCAUUCGAAAGCUGCAAGGUCCUUAUGGGUCCAUACAAACGCCAGGCCCCUUUUGAGAUUAAGUUGCAUAAGAGCCUCGACUUGAACUGUCCCUGGAUACCAAGACCACCGUCUGUCAAUGUCCCAGCACCCACCCAAGAUCUAAAGUCUUACAGAAACGGAUGGAUGCUCAAUCUGGGUGAGAAGGUUCAGCACAUUGAAUGGGUUCCCAACAUCCAAGGUCCGAGACAGUUUCUCACUGCUACGACCUCGCCGUUGAUUGGCUCAACAUCAGAAGAGCAAGAGUUCAACGCACCUUAUGCACCGGCCUUCACUCCACGUCCUCCAACCAAAUCAUCAAUACAGAUCUGGGAGCUUCAAGCUACUUCUUCGGGACGCAUUGACACAAAGUAUGCUCCGGUUCUUCGAAAGGUCAUCUGCUCCGAAUGGGGAGACGUCAAAACAUUCAGUUGGUGUCCUAUGUCCCGGGAGAAGGCGCCCGCAUCAUCUGGACGAAUGAAUCUCGGAUUACUGGCUGGAAUAUGGGCUGAUGGUGCUUUGAGAGUGUUGGAUAUCUUCGUGGGAGCCGGAGAUGCGGCGGAAACAGAAUACAAGCUACUUGAAACGGCUGCGUUUACGACGCAGCCGCCUAACACAAUAUGCACCUGCUUGACUUGGUUAAGCUCGUCCAGUAUAAUUGCUGGCUGUGCUAAUGGAUGCGUUGGGGUCUGGAACAUACCCUCCUCUCUGGCCACCGACACAGCAAACGAACAACGUGCUCCAAAUGCAGAGCCUGUCGUCUACUGUCCCAUCUCAACGACCUAUCUACUCAAUAUCACAACCUGCUAUCCAUCACGUCCGAACAUAUUGAUCACAUCGUCUAUGUCAGGCCAUAUUCAGAUGACAGAUGUGAUGGAGAUAACAUCAAAAGCGACAAUGACUCCCACAGCAACAGUUAGAGCCAGUCGCUCUCGUGUUGGAAGGUCAGUGCUCGUCUGGCACGAGUUUGCCCAGGUAGUCCUCACGGCUGAUGACAACUUUACCCUUGUCGCUUACCCGAUUCGACGCUUCUUCCGUCAGAUUUCUUUUACGCGUUACAAGAGCUCCGUGGCGUGUCUUGCUCAUAGUCCAGUCCAUCCUUUCGUAAUGGCUGGAUGCGUCGGUGGCGAAGCCAUUAGUAACAACCCUCUACGCCGCGCCUACGAAAAUAAAGUACCCAUCUGGAAUCAGACCUGGUUUACCCACGAAUGGAGGCAGUCGAUCGCAGAAACUUCUACAGUCGUCGGCGCACCAGAUGGCGAUGAAGUCAUGCGCGAUACAUCGGCGGGGCCCGUCAUGCAAGAGACGACGAAAGAGGAAUCGAGACCCGCUUCGCAAGAGAUCAGCCGAGUGUUGGAAGGAUUCAAGUGUAAAGAGAUCAAACUCUUCAACACUGAAGAUGCAUUCACUCAUCGCGAGAACGGAGCUGUGUAUUCGACCGUUUAUGAUCUAAAAACCUCAAUCAACUCAAUGGCCUGGAAUCCAAAUCUUCAUGUCGGUGGAUGGAUUGCUGCAGGCAUGGCAAACGGCCUGGUCAGAGUGGAGGACAUUGCAUCAUGAAGAGGCUGCAAGAUGAAUGGCGUAAUUUCUCCCAUCAAAAAUACCCCUGUACAAAUAGUUCAAUACCAUUGCUGUAUUCAUACCAACAAGAGCACCCAUUCAUAUCGGUAUCUUGUGUGCCACGCUCCUCCAAUAGUCGCAUCGCUGAGCUAACAAUGUGAUCGACACGUCAGAAAAGCCAUCUUGAGAGACUAGAAAUUGCUCUUCUGACUCUAUCUCC